AUGCGGCUGUGCAACUCGUAUCAAGCGGCCAACAUAACGGGUAUUCUCUACACGGUUAUCGUUACAGCCAGUAUUAUAGCAACGGUUUUGCUAUAUUCGUGUCCGGCAACCUGUGAUCGUGAUGUCUGCGAAAUCGUCAAUUAUUUCGGUGUUUUCAUAAUGUUGGAAUUAGCCAUUAAUCUAAUAUUGUUCGUUUUUUAUAGUAGGAAAAAUGAUCCACAGAAUUGGAUGAAUAAAGUUACUUUUGUGGUAAAAUUCGAUGAUUCCGGUAGAAAAUAUUGUAUGGAAUGCAAUCGUAUGGCACCUAAAAGAAGUCAUCACUGUUUGCUAUGCAAUAUGUGCGUUCUUCGCAAAGAUCAUCAUUGUUUCAUGACGGGAGCAUGUGUCGGAAUUGCUAAUCAAAGAUUUUUUAUAGUAUUUGUAUUAUGGGCAGGCGUCGGUGCUGCAUGUGGCGCUUUCUUCUUGUUAUUAUAUUUAAUAAAAUUUGUUGAACCAGAUGUUCUGCCAUAUGGCUUUCUCAAAUUUAUUGCUCCAUUUGCAUUGAUAAGGUGGUUUAUGGCUUAUGAAACAUUGACAAAUAUGGCAAUGUGCAUUGGAUUUAGCAUUGCUUGUGCUUCUUCAAUUGCUGCAUUAAUUUUUUUUGUUUCUCAGAUGUUUUAUACUUUGAAUGGUUUUACAAUGUACGAUUAUCAUACACUGAGUAGGAGAUGUGAACUUAAAGGAGACGGUGAAUCAUAUAAAGAAAGGCUGGAAUUGAUUUUUGGACCAUACUGGUUCCUCAAUUUCAUAUUUCCUCAGCUGUGGUUCUGCAAUCGCUUAACGCCUGAUAUAGCACGAAAUAUUUUCACUGCAAGUUCCAAAGAACUCUAG